AUGAUAUUUCGAUUCGCGCUCUCUCUGGUAUUCGUGGCUGGUGCUGUGGUUACGGCGGCGGGGGUGGACUCGACGCAGGCGCUUUUGAAGGAGCAUUUGACUGAGCACCAGUCGCUGGUACAAGAGCUGCCCGCGCAGGCUGUCUUUCCGGGGCCGUGGGACAGGUAUAUUCAGGCGCCUGCUAAUAAAACGCAUAUCCGACCAAAAGGCGUGCAUCUCACGAACGGCGAUGUUGUUAAUGCCUCUGCGGUGCUGGAAGGGGCUUUAGGCAGCCAUCAUCUCACUCUGGGUCCUGGUGGAAAUGUGAUAUUUGAUUUUGAGCAGAAUAUCGGGGGACGUGUCUGCUUUCAGGUUGCUUCUGUGGUGAAUAAUACGUUUCUUGCUCUCACGUACUCUGAGUCGCCGCAGUUUGCGACUGUAGAUGGGGAUGCGACGAAUAAUCAACGGCCCGCCGAUCUCCCGUUAUACUUUGGGCUCCGAAACGGCACGAACUGUGUUGGGACUGGUUUUAUUCGCGGGGGGUUUAGAUUUUUAUCUAUUCGUCUACCUCAGGACCCCAAGGAGGACAAGGGGUUUUGGGAUACUGGUUCAAGGGAAUCAGCUGCGGACGCCUCGAAGAGGGAUCCAGGUGCCACAGUAUCUCUGACCGAACUCUGGGUCAGCUGUACAGCGUUUCCUUCGAAUCCAAACCCGAGGGCAUACACUGGAUAUUUCUCCAGCUCUUCCACUGUGUUGAAUCGCGUGUGGUACGCUGGCGCAUACACGUUGCAGCUUUCGACGAUCGUCCCUACACAAGGAGGGGCAUCCAUAGACUACAACGCUAUUGUCGAUGGCAACAAAUCCCCCGUCGAUUCGUGGUACUCGAACUUCACUAUCAGCAAUGGCACUUCAGUCACAACGGAUGGCGCCAAGAGGGAUCGCAUGGUGUGGCCAGGCGAUAUGUCCAUAGCAGUCCCUGGAAUCGCUGUCUCCACGCUCGACAUGGUGUCUGUUCGGAACGCCCUCGACACUCUCUUCGCUCACCAAUAUGGUGAUGGGAGUUUACCUUAUGCGGGGCCGCCUAUGGGAACAAUACACGAAUUUAGCGACACUUACCAUAUGCAUACCCUCCUUGGGGUGUACAACUACGUGUUGUACUCUGGAGACCUGAGAUGGCUGCAGGAUCACUGGGACCACUAUAUCGUUGCGCUGCAUGUUAGCAUCGCCAAGGUGGAUGAAACUGGCUUAAUGCACGUAACGAGCUCUGCAGAUUGGCUGAGGUCCGGGAUGGCGGGGCAUAAUCUCGAAGCUACAGCUAUCUUGUAUGACGCCCUGCAGAAAUCGAUUGAACUUGCGAGCUUCCUCAGUGACGACAGGUCUGAGGCGCAGCCUGGGGGUCUUUGGUCUACGACUGCUAGUAGAAUCAGAGCGGGUGUCGAGAAGCUAGCUUGCCCUCGUGCCGGCCUCUUCGCGGAUAAUAGCGAGGACCGCAGGUGUGGAGGGUCCGACGAAGUGCUCCCCCAGGAUGGAAAUUCUUGGCUUCUGCUAGCCGGCGUGCUCGCCCCGUCGGAUCCUCGACGGCUCAAUGUAAGCAAGAGCCUAAGGUCGCGCUGGACCAAAUUUGGUCCCCCGGCCGUGGAGGCUCCUAAUAUAAUCAGCCCGUUUGCGAGCAGCUUUGAGCUGCAGGCACAUUGUGCGGUUGGAGAUUAUGACGCAGCUGUUGAGCUGAUGGAGCUGAUGUGGGGGUAUAUGCUUGAUGGGCCUGGGAUGACGAAUUCUACACUUCUGGAGGGCUACAGGAUUGAUGGCUCUGUCGGGUACCCCGCAUACACUCACCCAGCCCGAAAUAGCCACUGCCAUGGUUGGAGUACCGGUCCCACCAUGGUUCUUCUCACAAGCAUACUUGGAAUCCAAUUUACUGCGCCUUUGGGCCGGUCGUACAGCAUCACCCCGCAGCGGACAAAGUGGCUCAAUCAUGUGGAGGGCGGUUACUCGACAUCGCUGGGGAAGUUUGUGGUUAAGUUGAAAGGCAUGGUCGGUAAGGGCGGGAGACAGGCGGAGAUUUUACAGGCCUCGACGCCGACCGGCACCUCAGGAACUGUAUAUUGGGGAGGUAACGAGACUGUUCAUAAUGGUGGGACGCUGAAGGUUGCAAGAUAUUUGGAUUCGCCUGGACAAUGGAUUGUGCUUUUGAAUACUACCGGUUAUGAGGAAGAGAAGGGCAAUUGGACUUGGCCAACCGACACUGAAGGGGAAGGGGAGUUUUUGCCAGAUGCUGAGUGGGUAAAGCCAAGCGGUUCGGAGAGGGAGGUGGGGACGGUAGACUGGAGCCUUAUUAAGCCAAUUGUGGUUGAGGAAUUAUGA